AGCUCUCUGACUCUCGUCGGAAGGUAGGAAUGCAGAAGGACCGUGUCUGCUGCAAAGCUCGGCUGGCCUAAUUCGCAAUUUCGUGGGUAACUUGCUCUUUCAAGUGGGGCCGAGUGCAGGGAGGGCUGUACGAGGCAGCGGAUUUCAUAUAUGCUGCGAGCACUGGACGCUGCUGAGGCAGACAGAAGUAUCCUGCGAGCUGAAGCAGGCAGUCUUUCUGAGUGAUCCAUUCACACGGCGGCGCUUCUGGGGAAUUUGAAGAAUUCAGCAGGUACUACUGUCUCAUGGCGUCCUCUUUCUGGUUGCCGGUCCUCUUGACAGGUUUCGUUUGUUAUUCAGUAUCGCAGAGUGCUCGAGGACAAGUUUUGUACGAGGGUCCUGGGAGAAUUUCUGAUGGAAGAGAUCGCGACUCGUCAAGUAAAGUGGACACGACGUUGUUCCUCGAUCGACCUGUGGCCCAGUGUGGGAGUAUCGUCGUAAACGUGACUGAAUCUCGGGGCGGUGAGUUCAAACUGGAGCAUGGAAUGAGUUGCCAGAACGAGACGAUUAGAUGUUGGGCCGGAGUGCGCAGUGGGAAGGCAGUUAAGCGAGACACGCCAGAAGGAUUGGUGUGGUCAAUCCCCUACGUCAAUUUGACAAUCACAGAGAGCUGCACUUUGCGGCUAACGAAAGAUGGAGAUUUGGAGUUCCUCAUCUCCGACCUGGACAUAGAAAACGGGAUGCCCAGUAUUCAUAACGGUGUAGUGUCGUGGAGCUCUAACACAGCGGGCAAGGGAGCUGUUGAGGUUCAGGUACAAGAGAAUAGCAAUCUCGUCCUCGUCAAUGGAGAUGGUAAAUCUGCGGUAUGGCAAUCUUCGACGGCUCCUCUUCUACCCAUCGCUCCAUUGGUUUCGACCUCAAAGUCCUUUAGAAUAAAUGCAAGUCUGAAUAUGGUGUUCAAGGUCGCGUUCUCAUCUGCUCUGUUGAUGAGCCUCGAGCUGCUCCAACUCAUCGUGUAAAGUUUUUCUGGGCACUCAGACCAAAUAGAAGUAGAUCCUUGUACAUCAAUACACAUAGAAAAUUCCGAACUUGAAAUUGUUCCAUCAGCCCUCCACCGAGGGCUAGAUAGAUGGUAGACCAGAUGUAGUGAGAGUGUUCAGUGAGAGUUGCUAUGUCACGAUGGCAAUACAUCCACUUAUGUAUGUCUAGAUCGAUUAGGCAGUUCAUAUCGACAGGUGAAAGGUCCAGGGGAAUGAGACCAUGAUUGUCGAAAGUUGCACCAGGCCAGUUUCUGACUGUGGUCAUUUUUUCCGGCAUUGGGUGUUUUUUUUUCAUAAUUCUACG